AUGCUUAACCCGCUCCAAAACGCAAACUACAAAGCGCAUCCACAGAGAGCCCAGACACUUCUCAUCAAGCACAUACCACAGACCUCCAACGUCACCAUCUCAAACGGAACUCAAGCCGCCAACAUGUUCUCUGGACGUCGUACCCGCCGCAAUAACGCCCAUCACCAUCACCAUCACACAACCGCUACCACCACCCGCGCUCCGCGCCGCAGCAUCUUCUCCCGCCGCCAGCGCGUUGUCGUCCACCCUCAGAAGCGCAAGCCCACCAUGAAGGAUAAGAUCAGCGGCGCCUUUACCAAGCUGAGGGGCAGCUUGACCCGCCGGCCGGGCCUCAAGGCCGCUGGCACUCGCCGCAUGCACGGAACAGACGGCCGUGGAUCUCACCGCCACGGACGCCGAUUCCUCUGA